AUGUUCUUGUUACUUUGUAUAUUUAUUGAAGUGAAAAUUGCUAAAUAAUUUGUGAUCACUUUGUUUUGAAUCGUAAAUGUGUAAAAAAGAAAAAUGCCUAGAUAUAAAAUGCGCAUACAAUGGGUAUUUAUAAACAAUGUUGUUUUCAAUGCCAUCGAGAUUUUUUAUAUGGAGUUAGUCUUUAAGUAUGAAGAUGAGGAAAAAGCUAUAGUAUAAAAUAAUAAUGACAAUGUAAAAUUAGAAAUAACAAAUAAGUGUAACGAUAUAAUCAAUAAUAAAGAAAAAAAGAUGUAGAUAAUUUUGUACAAGUCGUUGACUGCAUAAAAAAGGAUUAAAUGCAAUAAACAUGUCGAGUGAUAGAUAAUUGUAUUUUUAUCAGUUUAUGUGAUCUGCAAUGAUAUAUUGGUGUCUGAUAUUCAUACGAUAUUUAAUAUUCCAGGUAAUUUGUGAUCUUUUUGGUAAAACUGAGCGUAAAUAUUACUGAGCGCGUGAUGAGUUUUAGAUUAUCAAUAUUUUGAUCGAGCGCCGGUUGCAAAGCGGUCGUGUCAACCUCUGCUAAGCUUUAAGAAUAUUUAAAUUCAAAGUGAAGCAAUGUGUGCAUGAAACACAAGAUAAUGACCCUACAAUCGUAAAAGUGUGAGUGUACAAUAAGCUUGUGUAACGGUAGAUACACGACAUUUAUAAAUCGCGAGUGUUGAUUUUUAAUUUGUGUAAAAUGACGAUACAGGAUCAACAGACUAUCAGAAACUACAUUGAGAAAAGCCCUUCAUCGAUAACGAGAUGGGUGUCUUCACAGUGGAAAGGAAUUUUGGCCGAGUUUACAGCGACGUUAUUCUUGAUAGUAUUUGGAUGCAUGUCAGCUGUUCCGAUUGAAGGUUUGCCAAUGAAUCCUGUUAUGUAUACACCUCUGACUUUUGGUAUGACAGUCAUGUUUAAUAUACAGAUAUUUGGUCAUCUUUCUGGAGCUUAUAUGAAUCCAUUUGUGACAGUAGCUGCAAUUAUAUUUGGAAGGAUAUCGGUGUCGGUUGGAGUAGUAUACAUUGUAGCUGAAUUAGUAGGAGCCAGUUUAGGAUAUGGAAUUUUAAUCGGUGUUGCGCCAGUCGAUAUGGCAGGAGAAGGCGUAUGUUUGACAUUGCCUCAUUCGAAUAUAAAUGAAUGGCAAGCUGUUGGCGUAGAAAUAUUGUUAUCAGCAGCACUAUCUCUAGUUAACUGCUCAGUAUGGGAUCCAGUGAAUGAAAGCAGACAAGAUUCUGUACCCCUGAAAUAUGCGCUUACUAUAUCUGGCUUAGCUUUGGCUGGUGGUCCACUUACGGGAGGCAGUAUGAAUCCAGCAAGAUCGUUCGGUCCAGCUUUAUGGUCUAUGAGGUGGGAGUCCCAUUGGGUUUAUUGGGUGGGUCCGUUUGUCGGUGGUAUUGUGCCUGCGGUAUUCUACAAAUAUAUAUGGUUGAAGAAAAAGGAUUCUGAUAAGUUGCCUUAAUCAUUUAGAUAGUUCAUAGCAAAAAAAAAUAUAUAUUAACAAUAGUGGAUAGUGUGAACAAAGUUCAUUAUUAUGUUAUUUUAUUGAAGUUUCAAGAAGUUCUGUUAAAAACAAUAUAUUUUAAUAAUAAUCUAAUAAUUAUUGUAUUAUUACAGUAUUAUAUUUUUAAGAAGUGUCUAUUAUAAUUAAGUCUUUUGAUUAUUUUUAUGUAUGUGAUAUUUUCGUUAAAUUAAAUUGUAUCUUUCCUACUUAAUAUAUAUUUAUUAUGUACACACAUACAAUUUUACAUGAACAAAUGUAACAGACAUUAGUACAAGGGCACUGCUUAUUACAAAUUGAAAUUUCUACCAGCAGGCUCACAACAGGAAAAAACAGUAAGCUGGUAAGUGUGUAUACUCUAAAUGAAAUUAAUAUGGAAUAUAUAAAUAAAUACUAUUAUUUUGUUUUGAUUUUUAAAGUCAAUGAAAUACUUGUUAAUAUUUUGUGUACCUAUGUAAUCCUGAUUACUCGACUUCGGUUACUCUGUGAUCAUGACGCCUGCAACAUCGAUAAAUAUAAAGUCCAUGGUAGUAAUACAAUACUAAUAUACGGGAUAACAUCAUUCUUAGGUUAAUAAUCAUGAAUGUUUGGAACUACAUAUUUAUUCUUUUGUCAUGAUUUUCAGUGAC